GUGACGUGUAAUGUUGAUUAUUGUUUUGGUUGUAGAGCAAGAUGGCUGCCCGCUGGAGUAGUGAGAAUGUGGUGGUCGAAUUCCGAGAUGCACAGGCAACUGCUAUGUCAGUGGACUGCCUGGGACGUCAUGCAGUUCUGUCAGGACGGCGCUUCCUUUACGUAGUUAACCUUGAGACCCCUGCGGAAGCACCUCGCAAAAUUGGACGCCAGAGCAAGUGGGAUGUUGGCACUGUCCAAUGGAAUCCUCACAAGACAGAAUCCCAUGUUUUUGCUGCUUCUAGUAACCAGCGUGUUGAUCUGUACACAUGGCGUGAUGGGAGUGGGGAGGUCCACACAUCCUUGCAGGGACACACACGAGUCAUCAGUGACUUAGACUGGUCGUGGUUUGAGCCAGAGUAUCUAGUCACCAGCUCAGUAGACACCUACAUCUAUAUAUGGGACACCAGAGACACACGGAAACCUACAGUGGCACUCUCUGCUGUCGCGGGGGCUUCACAGGUCAAAUGGAACAGGCGGAACCAGCACAUCCUCGCAUCCAGUCAUGACGGAGACGUCAGGAUAUGGGACAAGAGGAAACCCAACACAGCAGUAGAGUAUGUAGCAGCCCACUUGUCUAAGAUCCAUGGUCUAGACUGGCAUCCUGAAAACGAGUACAUCCUAGCCACGUCCAGUCAGGACAACUCUGUACGGUUCUGGGACUACAGACAACCAAGGAAGUACCUCAACAUCCUGUCCUGCCAGGUCCCAGUGUGGAAGGCUAGAUACACUCCCUUCUCCAACGGCUUGGUGACGGUGAUGGUUCCCCAGCUGAGGAGGGAGAACAGUCUGCUGCUCUGGAGUACGUUGGAUCUCAACAGCCCUGUCCACGCGUUCGUAGGACACGACGAUGUGGUGCUGGAGUUCCAGUGGCGCCCGCAAAAGGAGGGGUCUAAGGACUACCAGUUGGUGACAUGGUCCAGAGACCAGACACUUAGGAUAUGGCGUGUGGAUCCACAGCUUCAAAAGCUGUGUUCUAAUGACUUAGUAGAUGAGUUGAUGGAGGGGGUGUCUCUGACGUCAGAGUCUGAGAAGACCUUGUCCCCCCAUGAGCCCCAGCCCAGCUCCGGCCUCGCGAUCGACGACCUGCUGGACCAGGAUGGGGACCUGUCAGGGCUCAGCUCCAGCAGACAGGAAGCCCCAGGUCUACCCCAGACCCUGCAGCAGGAGUUCUCCCUCGUCAACCUGCAGAUCCGGAACGUCAAUGUUGAGAUGGAUGCUGUCAACCGGAGCUGCAUUGUGUCAGCCCACUUUGGUAGUCACCAGGUCCGUUUGGUGGUCAAGUUUCCAGCCCAGUACCCCAACAAUGCUGCCCCUGCCUUCCAGUUUGUCAGCCCCACCUCCAUCCCCACCGCCAUGAGAACCAAAAUACAGAAGAUCCUGACCGAUACGUCGCUACAGAAGGUGAAGAGGAACCAGAACUGUCUGGAGCCCUGUGUCAGACAGCUGGUGUCCUGCAUGGAGUCGUACAUGACCCAGGAAGAUGGCACAGCCGCCAACCCCUACGUCCUGUCCAACCCUGUGACGCCAACCUUGCCAGCGUUCCCCCGGGUCACAAACACCUACGGCUCCUACCAGGACGCCAACAUCCCCUUCCCCCGCACCUCGGGGGCACGCUUCUGUGGCACGGGCUGCCUGAUGUACUUCACCAGACCCAUCACCAUGCACCGUGCUGUUCCCCCUACAGAACCCACCCCCAGGUCUCUCUCUGCUCUGUCAGCAUACCACAGUGGGAUCCUGACCCCUAUGAAGAUGAGGACAGAGUCUCAGAGCACCCUGAGGCUUUACAGCGGCAGCCCCACUCGCUCCGACAAGGAGACCGUCUCCAUCUCCUCCUUCUACUACAAGGAGCGGAAGCCCCCAAUGUCUGGCCCACGCCGCUGGUCUUUGCAGACCAUUCAUGACUGUCCGAAGUCACGUCGUUUCAAGACCAAGCGAGAGGGAACAGACUACAGCAACAGGCCCAUCAAGCUGGCAGGGAAGAUCAUCAUCCAGGAGAUCUCCUGUCUGCUGCCCGUCCACAAGAUCCUUGGGGAGACAUACAUUCUGAAUGUGAAUGACAUCCAGGAAACAUGCCAGAAGAACGCAGCGGCUGCUCUGAUAGUGGGGCGCAGGGACGUGGCCAAGGUGUGGGCUCUGGCGUCUGCUGCUACUAGUCUGGACCUGAGCCCAGACAUGGACCCCGAUGCUGACACUCCCUGGGCCAGACACCCGUUUGGGCGCCACCUGCUGGAGACUCUUCUGGCCCACUACAGCCAGAUGAGUGAUGUGCAGACCUUGGCCAUGCUGUGCAGUGUGUUCAGAACCCAGGGUGUUCCUCAGGACUACUUUUCCCUGUACGGACACCAUCCUUCACGAGCCUCCAUGUUCCCUCCCCAUCACUCUCGUUAUCCCAGCUACACGUCCAGUUCUGUGACCUCCGGCUCAUGCUCCAGCACCUCCGAAUCCAUCACCACCACCACCUGGAACAUAGGUCGGGACUCUGAACAUGCUGCCCCCUGGGGAGAAUCCUCACCUGACGAAUAUCGCUAUGCCAACCAGGUUUACACAGAUCCGCGCGAGCGAGAGAGGGAACAGCAUGACAUGAAUAAAAGGCUCCUGGACCCAGCCAACACCUUGCAGUUUGAUGACUUUAAGAAGUGCUACGGAGAGAUCCUGCACCGCUGGGGGCUGAAAGAAAAGAGGGCCGAUGUGCUCAAAUUUGCCUCCUGCCCUCCAGAGCCUCACAAGGGCAUUGAGUUUGGUGUGUACUGUUGUCACUGUCGUAGCCAGGCCCGUGGCACCCAGUGUGCGGUGUGUAAGCGAUUCACCUUCCAGUGCGCCAUCUGUCACGUGGCGGUCCGCGGCUCCUCCAACUUCUGCUUGAGCUGUGGCCACGGAGGACACACCACCCACAUGAUGGACUGGUUCCGCUCCCAGGAUGAGUGCCCCACAGGCUGUGGCUGCCACUGCCUGCUCCAGAGCACCUUCUGAGAGGAACACACACACCUACCUUGGGAUGCACACACACACACAAUCACAGAAGUAUCCACACAGAGAAAUGCAAGCAAACAACAAAUGUGUGUUUGUAUAUUCUGAGGAAUAAGCACAAAUGUGUACUCCAAAAGGUCUACAGACUUACACAAGCCUGAAACAUACAUGCACAGACAGACAUCUAUGGGAGGAAUGUGAUAAACACUUCUCUGUCCAGUUUCCCACACACACUGGCCCAAAAAGGCAAUGCUUGGAUUGAUCUUAACAUAGCAUGCAGUGAGCCUCAAGGAGUUAUAUUGCUGUGUAAAAUGUGUCACUCUGAAAAUAACUUUCUAGGCAUCUUGUCGGCCGGCCCUAUUGAUUGAUUUGAUGUUGUCAUUGUUACAGGUGAAAUGUGAAUGUUUUUUUGUUUGUUUUUUCAGUGGUUGAAAGCAGCUGAAUCAAAAGCCAUUCUCCCAAUAAUGGCUGUUAUCUGAUUGUUUUUCAAAAAUCUGUCUCACCUUUCACUUUUAUGAAAGGCAAUAGUGACUGUUAAAUUAUACAAAAUCAUAUAUAACAGCAGAAAAGUGUGCCAUACAAGGGUCAGUUUUAAGGCUUUGUUGUUGAAUGUGGAAAUACUUUGAAAACUUUGUAAUUCAUGUGCCAUAUGUAAAUACAUAAAUGGUAUGUUUAAAUAAGUCUCAUCUGCCAGCCUGUACACAAUAUGCUUGUAAUUCUACACAAAAUUGAAAGGACCUCGAAAGGAUCAAAACAUUUUCUGCCU